AACCCAACUAAACUUUCAAAUUACCAAAAUACCCCUAAACCUUCACAAAAAUACUCUCCAACACUCUUCGCUGUCUGGUUUUUUCGAUUCUCCCCUUUCGUCACCAUGCCACCGACACUCUCACUCUCACUAGUGUUGGUGGUGCUGUUUUUCGCCGCCGUGGACGCGCAUUUUCCGGCGACCGGCGAGCUUCCAACGUUCCGCGAGGCGCCGGCAUUCCGCAACGGAAGAGAAUGCCGCAACCGCCCGCGAAGCGACUCCGUGAUCCACAUCGCGAUGACGCUUGACGCGACCUACCUCCGAGGCUCCGUCGCCGGAGUGUUCUCCGUGCUGCAGCACGCGUCGUGUCCGGAGAACGUCGUGUUCCACUUCAUCGCCACCACGCACCGCCGCACGGAGCUCCGCCGCAUCAUCACCGCGACGUUCCCGUACCUCUCCUUCCACCUCUACCACUUCGAUGCGAACCUCGUCCGCGGCAAGAUCUCGUACUCGAUCCGGCGCGCGCUGGAUCAACCGCUAAACUACGCGCGCAUGUACCUCGCGGAUCUUCUUCCGGCGACCGUGCGGCGAAUCAUUUACUUCGACUCCGACCUCAUCGUCGUUGAUGACGUGGCGAAGCUCUGGAGCAUCGAUCUCCACGCGCGCGUGCUUGGCGCGCCGGAGUACUGCCACGCGAACUUCACCAACUACUUCACGCACCGCUUCUGGUCAAACCCUAGCUACGCGGCGUCAUUUAAGAGACGCGACGCGUGCUACUUCAACACUGGCGUAAUGGUGAUCGAUCUGUGGAAAUGGCGCGAGGGAAGAUACACGGAGAAGCUUGAGACGUGGAUGCGGAUCCAGAAGCGGAACCGGAUCUAUGAACUAGGUUCGUUGCCACCGUUUCUGCUUGUUUUCGCCGGUGACGUGGAGCGCGUAGAGCACCGGUGGAACCAGCACGGCCUGGGCGGCGAUAACCUCGAAGGUCUCUGCCGAGAUCUGCAUCCCGGUCCGGUGAGUUUACUUCACUGGAGCGGCAAGGGGAAGCCGUGGCUGCGAAUCGAUUCCAAGAAGCCGUGUCCGUUGGAUAGUCUUUGGGCUCCGUACGAUCUCUUUCGCCACUCGCCGUCACUGUUCUCCGAUUCGUAGAAUCGCAGCCAGGGUUUUGGUGCGGGUGCAUGGUUUUUUGCCGUGGGGAGUGCGUCACUCGAUUGCUGCCGCUUGCUCCUCGUGAUGUGAAAUGACGUAAAAGGACACGCGAGUGUGAGUGAGAUGUGUAUUCCUGGAUAAAGGGUGACGUGGCUAUGUGUUUGGGGUGUUAUGAUACGAUACGGUGACGUAUUAUGAGUUUGGAUGAUGAUUGGGUUGAUGGUUAUUAUGUACAGUAUUCGUAGGCAGAUAGUAUAGUACAGCAUGCACACUCUUGUGGUAGGGUAUGCGCAUUGUGCACUCUUCUGUAUUCUUACACUUGGAUGGAUGAUUCUUCCCCUAAGUUCUAGUGUUUGUUUAUUUUUUGUACAAAUAAAAAGGAACUAAAAGAGUGUAGUGUGGUGGGUGGUAUCUGGCAUGGUUGACGGUGCAAUUAUCAUUUUGUUUCGAUCAGACCAAAUAGAAAAUAAAGAGUACAAUACAGCAAUGUUUCAAGAUAUUUUAAGAUUAAAAA